UUUUUAACCCCCCAUCCCCUUCUACCCUUCUGGAUUCAAUUGGAUCGCUCCUUUUUGGAUCAAUAGAAAUCCAAGGGCACCAAACAGUUGGCAUCCUUUUCAAUUAUUAUUAGGUUUGCCUAAUUUUUUUUUAUCCGUUUUCCACUUGUUGUCUUCUUUUGUCUUUUUAGGUUGCUGUUGUUAGUGCCAUCUCAUCCUCAUGACGUUGGACCAUCAUGAAGUUCAUGGAUACAGUCCUCCACCUUACACGGACUAUGACGCCGACCAAGGCCAAGACCGAUUCCGCCAUAGUGUAUCGUCGACCAAUUCACCCAAACAAUCAUUUUCACCGCUUCAACGACCUUCCCCAAAGCAAUCCUCCACUAUCAAUUUGACUAUGCUUCCUCAUCAAGAUCCAUCCAAUCCUUUCGCCUUUACACCCCAUCAACUGACCGCUUUAGUGGAUCGAAAAGAUUUGGAUUUUUUGGCCCAAAUUGGUGGCGUAGAAGGUGUUGCCCAGGGUCUUCACUCCAGCCUCACCCAGGGUAUCUCGUCGCAAGAGGCCAAUCUACCCCCCAUCACACUCCAUGAUCUUGAAACGGCGGCGCUGGACGACGUGAAAGCAGAAUCAUACACUUUUAUCGAUGAAAAACAACCACCCGUCCCAGGAACGGACAGUGCAACAUCCCUGGAUAUAGAGCCCUUUUUACAGCGACGACGGGUGUUUGGAUCUAAUAUCCUUCCCACCAUGGAAGUGAAGAGUAUUUUUUAUUUGAUGUGGCUUUCAUUUCAGGAUAGGACACUGAUAUUGCUAACAGUGUCUGCUAUUAUUUCCUUGACGGUCGGUAUCUACGAAGAUGUCACGACCGUAGAGUACGAUGCGGCUGGGAACCGUAUUCCUGGCGUCAAAUGGGUCGAAGGCGUGGCCAUUAUUGUGGCGGUGCUUUUGGUCGUCGUUGUAGGCAGCGUCAACGAUAAUCAAAAAGAGAAACAAUUCCGUAGUCUAAAUGCCAAGAAGGAUGAUCGACAUGUCAGCGCCAUUCGGUCGGGCCAACAAUGCGUGAUUUCUGUGCACGACAUUCAAGUGGGCGAUAUUUUGAGCCUUACACCGGGGGAUAUCGUCGCCGCCGACGGUAUUUUUGUUCAGGGGUAUAACCUAAAAUGCGAUGAAUCCGCCGCAACCGGUGAAUCGGACGCCGUGAAAAAAAUUCGCUGGCAGGACUGUAUGACCUUGCAAUGGAUAUCAGAGCAUCGCCAUGACCUGGCUUCAAAUGAGGAUUCCUCUUCUUUGGUUGAAGCUUCCAACGACCCUGAAAAGCGCCUUCAUUCUGUAUCCGACGAUUUUCCCAAUGACAAUGAUUCAUACAGCGAAAGCCAUCGACCAGACCCCUUUUUGAUCUCGGGAAGUAAAGUACUCGAAGGCAUCUGCACCUACCUUGUUACUUCUGUAGGCGUGAAUUCCUUCAAUGGUCGAACGCUGAUGGCCUUGCGAACCAACGACGACACCACCCCGUUGCAAGAGAAACUGGAUGUUUUGGCAAGCAGUAUUGCCAAGCUCGGCCUAGGGGCCGCGGGAUUCCUUUUUGUAGCUUUGCUUGUCCGAUGUAUUAUAGGAUACAUGACGGCCAGUCUGUCCGUCUUGCCCGCCGAUAUCGUGUCACAGAUCAUGCGUAUUCUAAUCACCACUGUCACUGUUGUGGUGGUGGCCGUACCUGAAGGAUUGCCACUCGCCGUGACCCUAGCUUUGGCGUAUGCAACGCAACGAAUGCUCAGAGAUAAUAACCUAGUGCGUAUUCUCACCGCUUGCGAGACCAUGGGCAAUGCUACGACAAUUUGUUCGGAUAAGACGGGCACACUCACGCAGAACAAGAUGUCGGUGGUAGCAGGCACGUUUGGUUCCUCGUUCCGUUUUCUCCGCGAUCCACCUGCAGCUCGCACUGAUUUGGUCGAAUUGAGCCAGAUACGACACAAAAUUCCUCUGCCUGUGCGUAAUUUUGUCAAUCAAGCCAUUGCCAUCAAUUCGACGGCUUUUCGCAACAAGACCUCGGACGGCGAUGUGACGCUCGUGGGCAACAAGACGGAAAUCGCUAUGUUGAACUUUGCAAAGGAUGCGCUUGCAUCGGAACCCUUUGAACUGUUGCGCACGUUUUGGCAAGUGGAGCAGGUGUUCCCUUUCAGCUCCAAACGCAAAGCGAUGGGUACCGUGAUCCGUAUUCCCGUGUUGGAUCAGUAUACGAAACGAGAACGUAUCGUGUACCGUGUGCAUAUCAAAGGCGCGUCGGAGUUUUUAUUAUCGCGAUCGACACGCAUUUUGUCCAUCCACGGCGAAUCAUAUGACAAGUUUCACGGAGUCGAAGAAGGCAACAUCUACGAUAUUGAAACGCGUACAAUGACCGAAGCCAAUCGGGGCCGCAUGGCCAAGAUUAUUCAGAGUUACGCAACGCGAUGUUUACGCACAUUGGCGGUCUGUUACAAGGAUUUCGAUACGUGGUCUAGCCAUCACAAAUUGGAAGACGUGCUUGCUGCAGGAGGGCUCACAUUACUUGGGAUUGUUGGCAUUGAAGAUCCCUUACGACCGGGCGUCAAAGAAGCAGUGGCUGCAUGUCAAAGUGCAGGCGUCUGUGUACGUAUGGUGACGGGCGAUAAUAUGCUGACCGCCAAAAGCAUCGCACGUCAAUGCGGCAUUUACUCGUACGGUGCACUGGCGUUGGAUGGACCGACGUUUCGUCAACUUCCUGAUGCUGAACGACUCCGCAUUCUCCCUCACUUGCGCGUAUUGGCGCGAUCAAGUCCGGAAGAUAAACGCGAACUGGUCAAUGCAUUGCGAGCAACCGGUGAAAUUGUGGCGGUCACAGGCGACGGUACGAACGAUGGUCCAGCACUGAAAGCGGCGGAUGUGGGUUUUAGCAUGGGCGUGGCAGGCACCGAAGUGGCCAAGGAAGCGUCCAGUAUCAUUUUGAUGGACGAUAAUUUUUCUAGCAUCGUUCGGGCCAUUUCUUGGGGUCGCUGCGUGAAUGAUUCUGUGAAAAAAUUUUUGCAAUUCCAACUGACGGUGAAUAUUACGGCCGUCAUGUUAACGAUUGUUUCGGCAGUGGCCAGCGAUGAACAAAAGUCCAUUCUAACGGCAGUCCAGCUGUUGUGGGUGAAUCUCAUUAUGGAUACCUUUGCAGCCUUGGCUUUAGCAACCGAUCCACCGACUCCUGAUCUUCUCGAACGAAAACCGGAGCCACGCACGGUGCCUUUGAUUGAUUGCCGAAUGUGGAAAAUGAUCCUAGGACAAACAUUUUACCAAAUCGGUAUUAUUUUGACAUUGUUGUACACGAACGUGCUCCAUUUGGAACAUGACGAAGCCACGCUUCAAACUGUGGUGUUCACGGCCUUUGUGUUUUGUCAAAUUUUCAAUGAAGUCAAUUGCCGGCGCAUUGAUAAUCGGUUUAAUGUCGUAAAAGGCAUAAAAAAGAACCACUUUUUCAUUCUUAUUUUUGUCGUCAGCGUGUGCGGUCAAAUCCUUAUCGUUGAAUGCGGCGGCGCAGCGUUCCAAACCGUCCCGUUAAACAGCUCGCACUGGAUGUUGAGCAUCGCCAUUGGAUUGAUGUCUAUUCCUAUUGGUGCCAUCAUUCGCAUGAUACCAGACGAAGUAUUCGCGUCGCCCUUUUUUUCUUCCCGCAAAUAAAACGAAUAAAAAUGAAUGGACCCAAAAUUGUUAGAACCCGAUCAACCCUUCACUCUUGAUUAGUUAUUUUUGCAGCAGAUGGAAGAUUUGUACACAUUUUAGCAGAUCAAAAUCCGUCUUUCGAUUGGUUGACG